UUCGCGUUUUCUACUGUAGUACUGUACCGCGUAUUUCUGCAUCUUUCCCGUGUGUUUUGUUUUUUGUACGUUUCAUUCCUCGCGUCCCUCCCAGUGGGCAUGUUCGCCAAAGUGAAAUUUCUGCAAGAUGGCAAAGUAUCAAUCGUCCAGACAGCUCUUGUGAAGAACUUUCAUCCAGCCAACGUGGCUGACUUUGAAAGGAGGACGACUUACAAAGUAUUUUGGGAUGGGGACGAAAACACUCGAGGUGGAUACUACGAUGCAGAGAUCAUCAAGCUGGCGGAUACCAAGGAGAAGCUGUCGGAGCCAUCAGCCAGGCGGGAACGGGCAUCAGAACCAGCAGCCAAGCGGUCCUCCAGCUUAGAAAAGUCAGGAACCCUGACGAAAACGAUCAAUGAAAAAAAAAAAAAAAAUCUGAGGUGCGGUGUAAAAAGCCAAGUUGAAAAGGAGCUGGUGGAGUAUCUGGGUGACUCGGAGGAGGAAAAGGAGGAGGAGAACCCAGAGGUGCUGAGGCUGAGGGCCAAGCUCGACAAGCGGGCAGCAAAGAUUCGCCGCCUGAAGGCCGAGAACAAGGGCCUGCUUAAACUAAACCACGAGCUGCAGCUUGCUCUUUGCGCAAAAGUGCUUGGAAAAGCCCUUCCUGAACAAGUGCCAGGGGUCGCUGUAACAGCGGCUGUUCAAGCGGGGAUCUCCGUGCCCAUUGGAGCCUCACCUAGGCGAGUCCCAGCUCCACCUAGGCCAGUCCCAGUGGCAGACGCGGCCAAAGAUGCCCCACUUAGGUCAGCCCUAGUAGCAGCUGCGGCCAAUGGAGCUCCACCUAGGCCAGUCCCAGCCCCACCUAGCCCAGCCCCAGUGGCAGCUGUGGCCAGUGGAGUUGCAGGACUACCUGCGGGAGAUGCUGGAGGGCCCGACUGCCCACCACUUGCUGAGGUGGACGGCCUUGCUAAGAACGAGAUCGUGGAUCACACCAUCGGCCUCCAAAAUGAGGAUGAAAUGAUCCAUGCUGGGCAAGGAGUCUACAUCAAUCAAGAAUCCUGGAUGGAGAUGCAGAAAGCGGAGAGCGACUCUAUGUUUUGUAAAAUCACGGCCUCUUCCAUUUGGCCAGUGGAAGUGCUUUUAGAGAAGUCAGUGACCGGCACCCUCUCAAACAAAGCAAAAGCAGCGGGGCAAGAAAAAGCAUUUGCCCCACUUACUCCGCACAAGGUGCAGGCUCUCUCAGGCUGCUUUUGGCUAUACCUAAGGGAGAGGGGGUACCGCCAGGCUGAAAGGGCAGCCCGGCACCAGAAGAUGCGCCGGUACCUGUCCGAAAAGCUGUCGGAUCUGAGGAGAAAUCGCUAAAAAGGCUCAUCCCUUUGCCCUGUCCUGCCCCAACGUAUGGUCCCGCCACGGACUGCUCAUGCUGCUGCAGGUCUGCCAUCGCUUGCACUCGAUGCAGCCUUUUCACCGUUUUUUUUAUAUUAAUUUAGCUUAAGUUAUAUAUUGGAAAUACUGUUGAAAUGGAACAAAUGUAUUAUUGCAGCCAAUACGAGCUGAAAUGCCACUACGCGUGGCGCACGAUACUAUGAGAGUUGUCUCUCGGAUUGUUCAGUAAACCUCAGCAUGCGCUG